GGUGGCGCGAGGCGCCCGCCGCCAUGGCGCCGCCCUCCGCCCGCCUCUUCGCCGAGCUCGUUCCGGCCCCGGCCCCGGCCCCGGCGGGACGUGGCGGCCCCCCGGUGCCGCCCGGGCGGGAGGUGCACGUGAGCGGCAGCGCGGAGCUGAGCGCCGGGCCGGACCGGGCGCGGGUGCGUCUGCGGUUGGGCAGCCGGAAGGGAGCGGCCGGGGCGGCGCGGAGCAGCGUGGCCCGGCGGCUGCAGUACAUCGCCCAGAGCGCCCGCCAGCGCGGCGUCCCGGAAGAAAAUAUGACUGUAACAGAGGAUUUUAGUAGAGUAGAAAAUACUUACCAAAUGGAAGCAGAGGUCUGUAUUAUAUUCAGUGAUUUUGGAAAAAUGCAGAAUGUUUGCAAUCUACUCAUUGAAAAGUUAGGAACCUCUGUUACCAUCAGUCCACCUCAUUUCUACCAUACACCAGAAGCUGUAGACGCCCUUCGCCGUCAAGUAUGCGUGGCUGCUGUUGGAAACACGCAGCAGAAGGCUCAAGAAGUCUGUCGACUGUUUGGCCACUCAUUGGGAAAACCUUUAUUAAUAAAAGAAGAAGAAACAAAAGAAUGGGGAGGCCACAUAGACAGUCAUGUAUCGAACUCCCCACAUUCACUGACUCUGCAGGAAAGAAUCCAGAAUGCUACUGCUUAUGCUUCCUGUAGAGUGUUUGCUGUGUUUGAGAUAAAGGGAAAAGAAAACAGAAGCAACAAGUUGCUCUAGAAACUCUCAAAUCCUACACAUUUUCUUAAUAAAAUUUUUAUGCUUUCUUGA